UAAUUGUACAGUUUACCUGUAAAUCACAAGACAAACUUUUUAAACCUAGCUACUCUAUAAAUGGACAAUUAAUAUUUGUCAAAUAAAAACCAAAAUCCAAAAACUUUUCGGAUGUAAACAAGUCUCAGGCUAAAAAAAAUCGAGUACCACCUUUGCGUUUCCGAUGAACACAGUGUGUCCGUGCUCCGGCUACUUGAACACACUUCUCGCAGUCGCAGCACAACAGGCCCCAUCAUACCCCUUUCGCAGCAGCGGCGCAGCCAAGCAAGACCAACUGACCAAGAGAGAAUACCCGACCCGAAGCAGCAGCCAGCCAGCCAUGGAGCCACAACGAGGAGAGGAGCAGCUCGUGCGUGGUGGUGGGGCGGGCUGCGGCGGCGGCGGCGCUAACGACGACGCCGGCGCCGCGGCUUGCCUCUGCCCCGCCGCGGCGCGGGGUCCUUUGUUCCCACCACGCCACGCGCUGGAGCAGGAGGUGCUGCGCCGCGCCGAGCUGCAGCUGCACGCUGCCGUCGUCGUCGGCGGCGGCGGCGACCGGCGCCGGGAGCGCAAGAUGAAGAACCGCGAGUCGGCGGCGCGGUCCCGCGCGCGCAGGCACGCGUACGUCAGCGAGCUGGAGAAGGAGGUGAGCCUCCUCCAAGCAGAGAACGAGGAGCUCCGGAAGCUCUGCGAGGAGCUGAAGGUGGCUGCGGAGGUGGCGGCGCCCGCGACGGCGACGAGCAGAGCUCCCCAGCUGCUGCGGAGGACGUCCUCCGCGCCACUCUAGCCUCUGCGCUCUCAUCUGCAUCCAUCCGGUCGUCGUCCCAGCUCCAAGGUUUGGAGAGGCAUGGCUGCCAUUUCCGUACGGCCGGCGGGCGGGGCGGCGGAGAAGGAUGAUGGACACGGAGACGACGACGGAGGAGUGGAGGACAGGGCCGGGUGGGGCGACCUCGCUCGCUUUGCGCAUCUGCCUGGACAGAAAUGGUAAACGCCGGUUCCUCGAUUCGGGGAAGACGCCGAUGAAUGAUUGGAUGGGGGAGGCUGGCCUGGCCUGUGGACUGUGGCGGCCGGGAGUAGGGUAGGGUAGGCUGGGUCUGGGUCUGGACUGGCCAUGACUGGCCGGGGGGUGCACGCCCAUGAAAUGAUACUGUAAUGCGAGAUGCUGCCUGUGACUACUGCGAGAGCUUGUCUCUACCCGUUUACGUUUCUUCGUCGUCCCCACUCAUGGCUGGUCGCCAUUGCGCACGCGUGCUCGCCAAUAGCGUUCGAUUCACGUGCAAGUACUAUACAUCAUAUAUAUCCGUCCUAUAAAAAAAAUAAACGAUGAAAAGUUACCAA